UGAGCGUCUACUUGACGUUUAAGAUUCAUGUGUAUGGAGACUCGCGUUAUCAGUGUUAUCAAAGUUUUGCUAGUACGAAUCAAGAUUUGUUUAUGUUUCAAAUUUAAACGAUAUUGAACAUAGCGCCAUGCUUUGUAUAAAUAGAAAGUUUGCGCUGGCCGACAUUUUGCUAAACGCGCACGAGGAGUUGACAUUAUAGUAUUUCGACGCGGCUAUGGCCGUCACAAUAAAUGUACGCUUCAAGCGUUGAGGCGUCAGCGGGAGAGCACAGAUGACAACAAUGAAUGGAAAGAGGCCAUCACCAAUGCCUCAAAGGCAUCAUCAAAACGAAUCAAGUUCACAACAUUUUGAUUUAAUCAAAUACAUACACGAAUCUUGGAAUUCAGUGUCUAAAGAAUUAGAUAAUUAUCACAAUCAACAGCAUGGUAACUCUUCAAACUAUAGGAACAGUGGUUUGGUAACUUAUUAUCAAGAACAUGAACCCAAUCCACUUCUCAAAGAUUUUGAACCAUUCAAUUUAGAAGCUUAUUGGAAUCAACGAGGACUGCAAAGUAUGGCUAGAAAUGCAACUUCAUAGUCUUGGAUUUCUACCAUGAAGAACAAUUGCGUUUUCUUAAAUAGUUUUAAAAAUCAAACAAUAGGACAAAGAACAAACUGUUUGAAAUUUGACAGAUAUGAAUAAUUUUUUACCAGUCACUUUUAAUUGUUGCUUAAAAAAUCAAAAUAUACAAUGAAUUUAUAAAGUCAGUUGAGAAAUGGAAAUCUAAGAAUAUCUGUCAUGAAAAGAAAGAGAUUUAUACUUGGACAUUCCAUAUAUUAUCCUUGAUAAAGCAUUUAAAAAAAUUACAAGUUUUUAAUUUUGAAAAAUUUAGUAUUUCAUUUCAUUUAAAGUACCUAUUGUUUUUUUUCAUUGGUAUUGUAAACUUUCAUGAUGGAGAUGAUAAUGAUAAUAACUUAUUUAUUUUACAACUUAAGAGUUGUAGAGGAUUGUAAUUUUUUUACUAAGAAAGGAACAUGUAAAAUUUAUAUAAUAUAUUAUAAAUAAUGACUGUAGUCAAAUAAAGCGACAGAAAAUUAUGUGCAUUAGUAAUGCACAUUUGUAAAAGUAGAAAACGUAUUUGAAUUGUUCACGAAACAUGUGGUUCUACGUUGGUUUUUCCAGAA